CGUGUAAAAUCCUACUAUACUAUGGAUAGAUUUUCCAACAAAACACGGGUAAUAAAAUAGUUUCAAACAAAGUCGAAUAUUAAUAACAAUCACUAUAUGUCAGCUAUUGACAUACUAAACAUGGACUGCUAGUAGCCAACUUCACGAUGGUUCCACUUUUAACGGACAAAACACUAGCGCAAAGAGGACUAUGCGGAAAAAUUGUGUAACAUUUAUGACACUUGACAUUGGAGAUUCUUUCUUUUUUUCUCACAUGUUUAUGUAUUUUGUGUUGUGAUUUGUGAAGUUGAUCAAAAUAAAAGAGAUUUAAAUAAGAAAUAAAAAUGAAAAAGUGUUCAAUUCUAGGAUGCAUUUCGCAUCAAUUGAACAGAUAUGUGUCUUUGUUUUUCCUGGUUCGUAAAGGCGUAGUCAGAGACGAAUGGAGACUAGCUAUUGAAUCUCUCAAUGGCCAGGUGAUAGAUUCAAGUCGACCACUCCAGAAAUUUUUCAUCUGCGAUCUUCACUUCGAUACAAAAUUUAUUAAGACGCUUGGGACUAACAAACGUCUCACAGAGGAUGCUGUUCCAACUCUUUUCCCUAACAUGCAUAACAUGAUGGAACAAAUAAAAGAAGAAGUUCAAGACGAUCAGGUAGAUAACUUUGACGAAGCUUGUUGCAGGAUGGAACAAAUGAUUGAACCACCAAUCGAUGAAGUUCAAGAUCAUCCAACUGAUGACUUUGCAGAAGCACCCAUCGAAAACGAACAAGCUGGAAAUAACUUCGAUGAAAGGUACUUUUUAUAUCAGGAAACUCUUCAUUUGAUUUCUGUAAGACCAUAG